AUGGUCGACGAGUGUGGCGUUGUUGAUGUAGAGUGGGUGAAAGACUUGUAUAGGAAAAAGAAUUCCUGGGCGACCGCCUACAUACGAGGGAGGUUCUUUGCCGGUAUAAGAACCACGUCUCGUUGUGAGUCGUUACAUGCUAAGCUUGGGAGGUUUGUUGAGAGUAGGUAUAGAGUAUUGGAGUUUGUCACUAACUUUCAAAGAUGUAUAGAUUUUCUUCAUGAUAACGAGGAUGAGCUCGAAUUUAGGUCAUGCUAUGGUACUCCCGUGUUGCAAACAGAGUUUGUGGAGCUGAAAAAAUCCGGAUGGAGUAAAUUCACACAAGAGAUGUUUUGGAGAUUUCGCGAGUCCCUCAGACGAUGUGUUCGGGUUAGGAUAUUUGAAAGCAAGGUUACAGAUCAGUGCCACAUUUACAGGAUUGAAAAGUACCGGCGACCGGAUAUGAGGUGGAUUGUUGUGUGGGAACCUGUCACAAAUAAUUUCAGGUGCACAUGCAUGCGGAUGGAGUCCUUCGGGCUACCAUGUGUGCAUAUCCUUGCUGUAUGUGUUAAGUUGGAUUUAUGUGCACUGCCCGAUAGCCUUGUGUUGCGCAGGUGGGCUAAAACAGCAAAGUUAACGAUUGGAUCAGGUGAAGAAACAACGGAUCACGCAGCAACUUAUAGAAGCAGGUUGGGUGCCUUUUCUCAGAUAUGCAAGAGGUUGAGACCCGCUGAACCUAUGGUGACAAGCGGGUUAGUCCGUCAAGGGAUAAAGGACCCGGUCCGUGUUAGAACAAAGGGCACCGGACGAUGUUCCCAGGCUGCUCCGUCAGUUGGGAAGAAGCGACGAAAGUGUAGCACAUGUGGCCGACUUGGACAUCGAAGGACGCGAUGUCCCAAUGCACCGAGCCAGGCUUCCUUACGGCCAAGAGACGACUUUGUGCUUAAUAGGAUGACUCAAGAAGUUCAGGGUGGCGAAAAAGCAGUUCGGACCAAGAAGCGGAAGAUUGGUUGUGAUCCUUCUAUUGUCCACCAACGGAUUUUCUCCGACUCUACCACAUGUAUUGGUGAAUGUAGUUAG